CGCUCGUGGUGUGCGGUACACGGUAUAGCUCGCUGGUGAUUUCAACGCUCGUAGAGGCGCGCUGUUCAACUCGUCAAGCACCGUACGGGAUUGUCGUUGAUCAUCCGUCGCGUUCGAAGGAAAAAUCUUCGUCGAGAAUCGAAACCAACGAGUAAAACUGACUCGAGUUUUCGCGGAAUUUGAGGGACUGUCUCCGACUCGCGAGUGCUACGUCCUCUUCUCGAGGACCGAAUUAGAGGAUCCUGCGAGGUGGAGACUAAACGACAGUGACUCUACAUACAACCAGUGGUCCGUUUGAACAUUUCUCAAGGAUUUACCCCGUCAGUGUCUAACAGUGCAAUCGGAUGCGCUCAAUGCCGCUUGUUCGCCAAGUGUAAACAUGAUUCCCGCGCAUUGACGUUACGCAUCGAACCGCGAGUGCGGGCUGCACUCAGCUGUGAAUUCGUAAAAGUGAGAUUAGAGGAAUGUUGAAGCACGUGUCAGUCUCACCAUGGAGAGGGCGAGCAGACAGCGUGAGUCUUGCCUCGAGCGGGGGUGCGAGUAGUUGCGGAAGCGGAAGUCCAACUCCUGGUCACACACCGCCGCCUUCGAGAGCGUCCUCUUGCGCCUCGCUCGCACCCCUAACCGCCCUUUCAAGCUUCUCUCCUGCCGACGCCAAUCCGCAACAGACGACCAUAAAGGUGUACGCGAACUGCCUGCGGCCGGACAUCGAGUACAAGACCCUCGGUAUUACCUACCAGACGACCUGCCGCGAGGUCGUACAGAACCUAUUGAACAAGUAUCGGAUGAGGCACCGCGACCCGAGGCUGUUCUACCUAACCAUGGAGGUCACUGUGAGAAGACCCAACGUGAGGACCGUCCUGCCCCUCGACGAGGACGCGAGGCCUGCCGUUUUGCAAUCGUGUCAUCCUCGCGGCGAUUCCAGAUUCUCAUUGCAAACACGCCGCGGCGGACUUGUCAAAAUAUACGACAGCGCGCUCAUGUCCGGGUCCAAGUACAAGAGCCUGUUGGUCUCCGAGCAGACCACCGUAGACGAGCUCAUCCAGAUGUUGUUGAGUUGCUACAGCUCCAAGGAACGUGUUGAGCAGUUCUCUCUCUACGAGGUCUGCGAAGGCGAGGAGUACCAAAGGAAAUUGCAUCCUGACGACUCACCCCUUAAGGUCACGCAACGGUGGACAAGCGCGGAUCGCCAUCUUCGCAUAAGGCGCAAUCCUGACUACAAUCCGUACAGAAGAAAAAGCAUGUGGGCGUCAGACUCGAGCAUCAGCAUGGCGAUGUCAAGACUGAACCUUCGCGGCAACCAUCAGGCCCAUUACCACCAGACGCACGACAACAACAAUCAUUUGUUGCUGUACCAGCCGAAAGACCACACGUCGAUCAACAACAACAACAUUCACAAGGUGGACCAACACCAUUUGUCGUUGGGCUCCCUGAACCAACAGCCAAGGAUCGUCGUACCCCAUGCAACGCAGCUGCCCCAACUUCAAGUCCCGCGGGUGCAGAACUUGCCUCAGAGUGUCCCGUCGACCCCAAUCACAUCCAAACACGUCACAGCGUCCUCUUACGCGGACUACGAGAAUUAUCUAUUCAUAUAAAAGUUUGGGUUUUUGGCUGCACCCAGCACUAACUUGAAACAAGCGAAUGCCACUCGACGCAAACCCCUGAAGUCUGACAGCAGAGAUGGACAAAAUUUUAUUCGAAUAAUACGUGACGAAUACGAGCGAACACUGUCCAAUUAUAUAGAUUUAUUCUGGAGGUUUUUUCGUUUAUUUGAUGAGUAGUUAUGCUGCGUUUACGUGUUCAACGUGAAAUGUAAUUUCGUUAUGUAAUUUAAAGUCUAAAUUUUAUUUAAUAUGUAACGGAUGAAAUGUCGUUUAUCUUUUAUUCGUUAUUCGAAACUUUCGACUGGACAAAUAUUUUGCCCAAACUCUGAUACACAGACGUUAGCUGCACUAUAGUUUCAGUGCGCUGAGCAGUAUUUGAUCGGCGUCAAGUGGCGGCUCCACUGCCAGAAGUUGGCGAGAAGCUGAACAGAGACUUUCGACGAAAUCCGAGAAAAUGCUUCUGUCGCGAUUAGCUCCCGAAGUUUGGUAUUAUUUAUUGCAAAGGCAGUUCAGACGUUUGAGGAAACUGUCACUGAUGGAUUUGGUGUAAACGAAACCACGUGACUGCGAUGAGACUAAAAUGACAGGGUGAAUGACCUGAAUAAGUGCAGGUACAAGAGAAUUAACUUGGUAAUUGUUUUUCUACGUUUUUCUAUUUAUAAGUUGUAAAUUAUGUGAUAAUCUCGAAGCAACGAAACUUCAUUAUCGAUCCUUGUUUAUUGCUAAAACCAUCAGAGAGUAUGACGAGUAUUUUUCAGAGGAACUAAAACAAUUUAAAAUUAAUUAAUUUUGUAUCGAAGAACAAUAGAUUAAGGUAUUCGAAGAACAUGGAAAUCUACGUACAUGACGCAACUAUAGCCUAAUGCGUUGGUACCAAUGUUUAUACAAGAGUCGACCUUGGAAAGGAAAACUAAAAUGACAAAUUUUGUAAUCCCUACUCGGUAAUGUAAUAUGUUAAAUAGCUUUCCCGUCGAUUUAUCAACUAUAUGUCAAAUUUUUGUGUGUUUCGAAUCACUUUGUAUGGAAUCAAUGUGAUACUCUCGUAGUCACGUGGUUUUGUCGAGACCCUGCGAACAGAACAUCGAUAUGAAAAAAUUAGUUUGAGAGGUAUUAGAGGAAGACGGGUUAGUGUUUCAACUAUGUCGCGUCGGUAAGGAGGAACAAAGAGAAUUUAAGAUUAUAGUCAAUAGCGAGAGAAAUUGUACCAAAGGUAGACGUAUGAAAGUUUAGAUAUCUAAUGUAUCCAGCCGUAUACGUGUAAAUGUUUUAUAUUAGAGAGGUAUUUUAAGAAAAUCGAGAUAUAAUCAGAGGUGGUUUUAUUUUUGAUUAAUGGCGUUAAUUCUUCGGGAUUCGUUCGAAUGCAAGUGGAAAAAUAUUUAAUCGAUAUCGAUUCCUUAAAUUAAAUCUAGAAGAAACGAUUAAAAGAAAUAUCAAUAUUCUUAAAAUUUUAUACAUUUCUAAUACAAGAAUAAACAUAGUUCACAGCAGUCCCGUAGGAUUGAAGGUCUGUAUUUAUGCUCCCAGAGGUGCAUUUACUCGAAAUACACCGCGAGACACGGCUUCUAUUAUUUAUUUAUAAUAUCUGUAAAGCGUUUAAGAUAAGAUAGCCUGGAAUAUUAAGUUAUUAUCAGAAUACUGUAUGUAAGUCUCGUGUAAUUUCGUGCAAUCGGAUUAAGCGGGAUUCGAAUAUAUUCGUGUAAAUAGAAUCCAAUGAGUGACGAGUAUUUGAAUGACUUUGGCAAUUACCGUGUGGUCAGUUGCGGAUGCAAAUAUUAACGAUUCUUUAUGCCACGUUUCGUUCCUUUUGCCUUAUUCGAAAUUAACCAGUUUUCCUGUUUUCGCUGGCAUUUAUAAAACGUUAUAUUUUUCUAUACUUUAUUGUACAUAAAUGCUCGAGCGUUUUCCGCGUUCCUCGCCCUUUAUUAAGGUGAACGUUGAAUCCAUUGCCAAAGAAUCGGUACGAUACGUAUAUGAAACCUGUAGAUUCAACCGAGCCGAGAAAAACGAGGUGGUCAGUAACGUUUCGAGUUCUAAUUUCGAUUUCUAUACUGCAAUGUAGACUAGACGAAUACCGUCACGAGAUCGCCGUGACUUAUUCCAGCAAAUGUAACGAGUACAAUGAACCUUGUAUUAUUCUAACGCGACACAACCACUUAGAAUGUAAAUAUACUUUUGUAUCGUCGUUUGUAAUUCACAGAAGAAAGUAUCGUUUCACCUGUCCGAAAUCGGUCAAUUCUUUUCUACCCUUAACCGCCAUCUCCAAAACGAAAAACAAACUGAUUGUAUUAGAUGUAGAAAUUAAUACUGUCCCUAUAUUCAUUCAUUCAUAACACUAGUUUCAGCAGUUAUAUUUAUUCGUCAUUUUGUUACGUUCAAGUACCCUAUUUUAAGUUCCCGAUUUGAUUUGCAUUUGAAUCAUAAUAAAUUAGCAACAAUAAAACAAUAAGUACAGUUAUGUGGCUACUAAUGUUCGUACAGAUGAAUUGUAACGAUGAUGAAUAGAUGUAAUGAUGAUGAUAGAUGAAUUGAUCAUCAGGUUGAGACUUCGAAUAGAGAUCAGGUUGAGGACUUGUAAUCACUUGAAUGUACUAAUAUGAUGAGAAAUAUGUCUGUUGAAACUAGAAUUAUAAAUGGUUCAAUAUAGAGACACAGAAUUAAUUUAUACGCCUAAUACAAUACUGGGAAUAUUUCUUGCAUCGUCCACGAAUUCAUUUAAUAUCCAUUGUUGUAUGAUUGGUAAAUUGGUCGAUGUUCAACUUGUAUUAACCUAAGUAUUAAACUAUAUACUUAUCACACAGUAAUAUCUUUUCAAUAAUUAUAUUAACUAAAGCCUAAUUCAUUGGUAUUAUAAAUCUUAACCUAGGUAAAAAUAAUAACAUUAAAUAUUUGCGGGAUGGAACAAAUAUUUUCAGUAUUAUAUUUUCUAUGUUGUAUGCAGAAUUAUUAUUUUAUUUUAGUAAACUUUUGUAUGUUAAUAUAAAAAGAGAUUUACCGAAUUCUUUUUAUGGGCCAAUUUAGAAAAUUUAAUUUUAACUAGACUGCGGACUUCAUGUAUUUUUUAUGAUAUGAACUAGUAUAAUAAAUACAUGCUAAAUAUAAUCAAAAGGUAUGUGCAUUUAUGGAAAAUGAAAUGACAAUAUUAUUAUAAUAAUUGGAAAAUAUAUCGAACAUACAAUAUAUAUAUAUAUAUUUUAUGUAUAUUUUAUGUAUAUUUUCUAUAUUAUCGUAAAUAAUAUGUGCAUAAAAUCUGCAGUAUGAGUAUAACAUUUAUAUAUUUAUGGCGACUCUAGAACAAUGAGUCGAAACGUAAAUGAAUAAUAUCUAUUUUACACUGUAAAAUUAUUAUCCUUCACUUCAUUUAAAUCAGACAGAUCGUUGAUACUAAAAGAGCCUUAUACUUUACAUGAUUCUCAUGCCUCACAUCAAAGUCGGU